CUCACGAGUCAAUUAGAUCCAGAUAUUAACUUUAUAAGAACCCCUAGCUAAACACAUACAUAUUCACCAAAAAGCAAAAAAAAGAAAAGGAAAAAAAAUAGAGUGAGCUUAUACCAAAAAAAAAAAUAAUACAUUUUUUCUUAGGAAAAGAAAGAAGAAAAUGGCGCAAUCUAACGCAACAGGCAGUGGAGUGAUCGUGGAUGCACGGUUUUGCGCAAAGUACCCAGUGGAACUGGUGAUUGUGCGGAAGUGGAUGAAGAUAAAGCAAGGUAACUUCGUAAUAACGGACGUUAACGGAAACAUGUUGUUCAAGGUGAACGACCGUGUGUUUGGUCUUCACGACCAGAGGACCUUAUUGGAUAGUUCUGGAUCUCCGGUCUUGACUUUGAGAGAUAAGAUGAUGACGAUGCAUAACAGGUGGAAAGUGUUUAGAGGAGGGAGUACGGAGGAGAGUGAUCUGCUGUACACAGUGAAGAAAUCGUCGAUGGUUCAGUUCUUUGAUACGAAACUUGAUGUGUUUUUGAGUCACAAUACGGAAGAGGAGACACCCGAUUUCAGAGUCGAAUGUGAUUCUGACGACUGUGACUGUGUUGUCUACGCCGGUGAAUCUGACGUUAUUGUUGCCCAAAUGCACAAGAAGCACACGGCGCGGAGCGUUCUCUUUGGAAAGCACAAGUUUUUGGUGACUGUUAAUCCAAGUGUCGAUUAUGCUUUCAUUGCCUCCCUCAUCGUUAUUCUCGAUGAUGUUGACGGACCAGACCCAAGUGUUCUGAGUGUCACAUCGACAUUAUUAGGGAACUUUGGUAAUUAAAAUUGUAAUGUCAAAAUUUGAUAUUAUGAUUAUAAUGUUUUAUUGGAAAUCGCUUGUAAUUUAUGGGUUAUAAACUCAUUAUUGUGAUUUGUUUGAGCAUGUAUAAAUUUCUUGUAUAUACAGUAAAACCUCUAUAAAUUAAUAUUCAAUAAAUUAAUAAUCACUAUAAAUUAAGAAA